AUGUCAAAUGUCUAUGGUCUCGUGUUGUUUCUUGGGCUCUUGGCUAUCACCAAUACCCCUUCCCUCGCUCGUGAACUAGAAGGUGACGUGAUGUGGAAUAUUGAUUCACAAAUUAAACGUCACCACCACCAUCAUGCUCCCUCUCUUCACCACGAACAUGAGCAUACUUGCCCUCCUUCCCACCAACACCACGCUCUAUCUCCUCAUGAUGAUGCUCCAAAAUAUCAUGGUCAUGCUCCUGCCCCUGCUCCCCAUCACGCUCAGUCUCCAAAACAGCAGGGUCAUGCUUCUGCCUCUGCUCCUCAACAUGCUCAUUCUCCAAAAGGUCAUGGUCAUGCUCCCACCCCUGCACAUUCUCCAAAACAUCAAGACCAUGCUCCUGUCCCUGUGCCUCAGCAUGUUCAUUCUCCAAGACAGUGCGAUCAUGCUCAUUCUCCAAAACAUUAUGGUCAUGCUCUUGCCCCUGCUCCUCAACACGCUCAGUCUCCAAAACAGCAGGGUCAUGCUCCUACCCCUGCUCAUUCUCCAAAAGGCCAUAGUCAUGCUCCUACCCCUUCUCAUUCUCCAAAACACCAAGAUCAUGCUCCUGUCCCUACUCCUCAGCAUGUUCAUUCUCCAAGACACUGUGAUCACGCUCACUCUCCAAAACAUCAUGGUCAUACUCCUGUCCCAGCUCCUCAACAUGCUCAGUCUCCAAAACAGCAGGGUCAUGCUCCUGUCCCUGCUCCUCAACAUGCUCAUUCACCAAAAUAUCAUGGUCAUGCUCCUGCCCCUGCUCCUGCUCCUAAACAUGCUCAUUCUCCAAAACAACAUGGUCAUGCUCCUGCCCUUGCUCCUCAGCAUGUUCAUUCUCCAAGACACUGUGGUCAUGCUCAUUCUCCAAAACAUCAUGGUCAUGUUCCUGCCCCUACUCCUCAACAGGCUCAUUCUCCAAAGUAUCAUGGUCAUGCCCCUGCCCCUACUCCUCAACAUGUUCAUUCUCCAAGACACUGCGACCAUGCUCAUUCUCCAAAACAUCGUGGCCCUGCUCCUGAACAUGCUCAUUCUUCAAAAUACCAUGGUCAUGCUCCAGCUCCAGCUCCUGCUCCUCAACACGCUCAUUCUCCAAAACAACAUGAUCAUGAUCCUAACACUGCUCCUCAACAUGCUCAUUCUCCAACACACUGUGGUCAUGGUCAUUCUUCAAAAUAUCAUGGUCAUGCUUCUAUCAAUGCUUCUCAACAUACUCAUUCUCCAAGGCACCAUGGUCAUGAUCUUACUCCUCCUUCUUAA